GUUCCAACAAGCAAUCUAAACUUUGGAAAGAGUUGGGUGAAGAAGGAAGAGAGAUAAGAUGUCCUGGCUACAACGUGUGAUCCCCUUCGUUGGGAUGCUCCUUUUGUUACAGAGGACGCCUGCCCUGACAUCUCAGCAGUUCCACCUCAUCAACGGCUCCCUGACCUGGUCUGAAGCCCAGAGCUUCUGCAGAUUAAAGUACACCGACCUGGCCACGGUGAACAACGUGAGCGACAGGAACGAGCUGGCCAACACCCUUGGCAGUCACGUAACAAACAGCUGGAUCGGGCUUCGAAAGGGAAAUACUCCCAGAUGGAUGUGGUCUGAUGGCAGGGGCACUGCACAAUAUACCAGGUGGUAUCCAUAUGAACCCAGCGGCGACGGACCGUGUGUAGAGGUGUUUGUUGGAGGCACGUGGAACGACGUAGUGUGUGGACAUGGAAAAGUUUUUGCCUGUUAUGAAACCCAGCCGGAUGGAACUGACAGCUAUGUGUUUUACUCGCCAAGAUUAACCUGGGAGGACAGUCAAGAGCAGUGCAGAGCUAAACACACUGACCUGGCCUAUAUAAGCAGUGACUUGAAUAAUUCAGCUGUUGCCAAUCAAGCCAACGCAUGGAAGAACAAUAUGUGGAUAGGACUGUUCAGUGAUGCCUGGAUGUGGUCUGAUGGGGGAGAAACGUCAUUCAGGUACUGGCUGAGGGGCUCCAGUUCUCCGGGAGACUGUGCUUCUGUUGCAGUGACACAGCAGGGACGCUGGGUUGCAGCUGAUUGCAACAAGAAGUCUGCAUUUGUCUGCCAUGGUGGUCUCAAAGCGAAGAAGAUGUUUAUGAGAAUGACGGUACGCUCUGAUGUCGACCUCACUGACUCCACAAUCAGCGAUGCUCUUCUGGAAAAGUUGGAAAUGGUCCUGAGCCAACAGUCAAUUACUGAUAUCAACGUCAGCUGGCGACGGGACAGCAAUGGAGACGCCUUUCGAAGACAGUUGAAGAUCGCAUAAAUGACAGGAUGUUAAUGAUUAGGAAAGGUGCCCUAUUAUUUCUAUACAGCUGUUAGGUGGAAGUGAGUUGAGAGGCAUGACUUCACUGUGUCUAUUGUUGCUGUUUUAUGAACUGUGUAAAACUUCAUGAAUGUAUCAUCUUUAAACUUGAAUAUGUUGUUUUCUGAAAUCUGCAAAUAUUCUCUUAUGAUGUCAACAUUUACACUUUAAUUGAAGCCACAUUUGAAUAAUAAUUUGAAUAAUCUCUUUUGCUCUUGUCACUUAUCGUCAAUACUUUUGUUUGAUGGCAGAAUGUCAUGUUGACAUGAAUAUCCCCGGGCGCCGUACAUAAUGGCAGCCCACUGCUCCUAACACUAGGAUGGGUCAAAUGCAGAGACCGCAUUUCGUUGUCCUAGUACUUGUACUCUGUGCAAUGACAAUAAAGUUGAAUCUUCAUCAUCUUCAUAUGCUUAUACUAUAUGUUUGCUUUCGUACUUUAAACGUGUGUAUUGAAAGCUAUAAAUGUAACCGUGUACAACAAAUCACCUCUGUCUGGCAGAGAACUCCGCUCCAUAGUUUGUCUUUGGUUAACUGGAUUUAUAACAUUUCACUGUACAUUUUCUAUUCAUAUUCAACUUAAAAUUCCAUUCCUUGUACACUUACUGAAAAUAACAUCCUGCUUUAUAUUGUGUUUAAAAAACAAGUGGCCCUUCAAAAGGGUUUUAUUUGUCAGACAGUUUAAAGAUGAGUUAUAUUCACGGUUAGAUUUUAAAAUGGUUUAUUUCUACUCUAAUUAUGUAUAAUUUGGGCUCACUAAAGUACCUCCUAUCGUAUACAGUCUGGGGUUCGAUUAUAAAACAAGACUCGAAUCCCUUUCUGAAGUAAUUUAUUGGACGAAAGUUUGAAUACGAAAUGUUAUGCACCAUUUUAAUGCUACUAAUAAUUGUUGAAAUGCUUUUCGGAACAUUCGUAGUCAAACACAUGUUGAUUAAGCGAUCAAAAUACACUUUAGGUUUGCAUACAGUAUAGACGAUUAAACCCUCAAAUGAAGUUCAGGGCGAGAGCUGUGAGCCUUCAGAAGAUACAAAACAUUACUUAUUAUUUUAAAUGGUUGUACCUUUUAUUGCUUGCUGCUAGUGGAUCGAAUAAUAAAGUUAAAAAAAACUUAAUAUUGUUUGUUUUUUUGUUGUUUCAAAUAAAGGUUACUAAAAAUAUUUAGAAGUGUUGAGAGUGAAGAGGUAUUGUUGAAUAUAUAUAUUUUUUAUUAGAUAAAACAAACGCACAAACGACUGAUUAAAACUGACCAAAUAUGCUAUGAGUAAAGGGAAAAUAUACAAUUAUAAAUCCAGAAAAUGAGCAUAACAGAGAGCCUGUAAAGGUGCUUUUAAAUGCUUAAAAGGUGUACUCAAAUAAAAUGUUGCAAAACUGAUUUUAAGAGAAUUUGGUGUCUUUUUGGGGUCAUGAGCUUAAGAAGAAAGAGGGAAAAGAGAUGUCCAAAUGAUAAAAAGGAA